AUUUAGAUGAAGAAAAGAUCCAUUUGUCGAAAGCGGCUGUGAUACAAACAACAGAGUUACCUAAACAAGUGCCAAGUGAUCAAGCAAGAUAUCAUCUAUUUAUAUUUAAGCAUACACAUGAGGGUGAUUAUUUAGACAGUGUUGUGUUCAUUUACUCUAUGCCGGGAUACAGUUGCAGUAUAAAAGAAAGAAUGUUAUAUUCAAGUUGCAUUGGAACCUUCCUAGAAAUAAUAGAAAAGAUGGGUGUUGUAAUUGCUAAAAGAUUGGAAAUCGAUGACGGGAAAGAAUUGACCGAAGAAUUUUUAUACGAUGAAAUACAUCCGAAAAGAAACCUCCACAGACCGGCUUUUGCGAAACCGAAAGGUCCGCCGAACCGGGGAGCAAAGAGGAUUACAAAAUCACAAACCACUCAAUAA